AUGGCUCCUCCCCGCAAAUCCAGAUCUCGCGUUGCCUGCCAACACUGCCAUGCACGCAAGGUCAAGUGCGACGUGGCGGAGACACAGAUACCGUGCUCCAACUGCCGCCAGAAUCACAAUGGGGCAAUGUGCGUGGUGCUGCCGCGCAAAAAGCACAGACCUCGUAGAAGACGCGAUGCAUCCGGCGAGCUAGCCGAACUGCCUAGCGUGGCCACACCAAUUGAUAGUUCGCGAAGCGCAACUGGAAUGUCACUUGCGGCAGAACCAGACUCCGUCGAUAGUAACGGCCAUGAAACGUUGGAAGAUGCAACAUUCGACCCCAGCCUCCCUGACGCUCCUCAACGUGCGCGUAUAGCCGCACCGACCAAGCCGCCCGCUCGUAAAGCAUACGAGGUAGAGUACAUGCGGCACCAAGGCGUCUUCAAGCAGCUUCCCGAAGAUGUAUGCGAAAUACUGCUUCGACAAUAUUUUGAACAUGUCCACUUUUUCCUCCCCGUUCUCGAUGCAUCGACACUUCUCAAUGAGUACUCGUCGCGUGGAUCGCAAGGCAUCGAUCCAUUGCUACUAUGGAGUAUAUUUUUGGCGUCUGCAAAUUUUGUAAAUGACGGGCUUCUUCGCAGAGCUGGGUUCUUAUCUAGAAAGGAAAUGAAGACGGCCAUGUACGAACGUGCCAAGUGUCUUUACGACCUUGACCAAGGAUCGGACAAACUGACUCUGAUACGAGCAGUGACCCUUCUCGCGUUCUGGUAUUCAGAUCCUCAAGACCACACAGGGGCGUGGUACUGGAUUGGGAUUGCCAUCUCACUCGCGCAAGCCAUCAAUCUUCACCGCGCCUCUGGUCCAGGCGCACGAAACCAAAAAUCAUCGCCAAGCUCCGAAAGCGUGGCGCGUCGCAUAUGGUGGUCGCUGGUGGUUCGGGAUCGGUGGAUUGCUGUGGCAAAAGGCCGACCAAUGCGCAUUCGCAACGAUAGCCAUGAUCUGCUGAUGCCUACACACGAAGAUGUUCACUCGGAACUGCACCAGCUGAAGGAGCAAACAUUUACAAACUUCAUUUCGAACGAUUCUUCAUCCAUGACAGAGAUGUGGCUACGCAUGGUCCGAAUCAGCGACGGCCUAGGCGAUGUCCUACAGCUUCAUUAUCGUAUCAAAGGACCAGAGCCAUCCAUGGAGGAAGUCGAUCAGCUGUCGCACCACCUCGAUGAAUUAAAACUGAGAGACAAACUUGAUAAGUAUAAUGACUUUCUCAAAGCACAUGGCCUACAGAUUGAGCUACUCUACGAGGCCACCAUCGCGAUACUUUAUCGACCGUACGUUCUGAGUGCGACUGAUCCGUCUACGCCGGAUCCAGAACAGCAAUGGAGGCGAAACGCAAUCCGCCGCGGCCGUGAGGCUGCCUCUAGCACAAACAACCUUUUGGAACAACUAAUUGAGUUGGACGCCGUCAAGUGGCUGAAACCGAUGAUGAUCACCGCGAUGGUGCCAGCAACGCAGAUUCACCUCGCAGACUGCAAGUCUGAUAGUAGCUUGAUCCGCGGGUUGGGGCGCAACAAGCUACAGCUCUGCAUGCUCGUCUACGCCGAUCUUCGAUCCACGUAUUGGAGCGCCGACGUCAUGUAUCGGCUGUUCCAGCGAGCACAAACCCUUGUGGGCUCUGGGGCCGCACCCGCGCGGUCCGCAACUCCCGAGGGCGAGCUGGAGCAGGCCACCCAGCAACUUGUUCACGAAAGUCAACAAGCCAGCGCGCUGAUGAUGCAGCAAACUUCGGCACUACCGGCCGCCGCCGAUCCAACGGCUCUUUUUGUAGCUGGGCCUUCUCCGCAGUUUAGUGACGUGGAGCAGCUCCUUAGUCCGGGGUUCGCGUUGUCUGAAGAUGUGUUCCUGGGCUUCUUCGCGGAUUAUCCGGCCGGCAAUUAUGGCCAGCCGUCGUCAAUGCCGAAUUAUUACUAG